AUGGCCGACGAGAGUCACACCAUCCUGCUUGUGCAGUACAACGUGCAGCUUGGCUCGCGUUGCUACCACGACUUUGAGGGCCGCUCGCUCGCUCUCGACUAUCUCCUGGGCAUCUACGAAAAGGAGCUCAAGCGGCUAAAUCCAGGAUCUAAGAGCAUCACCUACGACAUAGCCGACGUUCAUGGCUAUCUCGAUCAGCUGAGCGAUGUCGCGUGCCUCGAGUUUGACUCCUCGCUCGGCGCCUACGUUCCGCGCCGCAAGCCGUGGCUGAAGGACCAGUUGAUAAAACACUUGCAGCAGCAGGCGGAGGAGGAUGGCGAGUGAUGCCCAGGGGAUAGCGUUUAGACGAGAGAAAGAGACAGAGAGAGGAGAGAAGUACGUGUGACCGACGGUGAGUCUCAGUGAUAUCGGCUCUGAUGUCGCUCAGUCCUCGGCGUGAGUAGCGAGAGCCGAGAGAGUACAGAGGGGAGAUACGCAGAUACCGCGUCGUCCGUUCGAACUUCGAUUGGAAUUUGGAUACCGCUUUCU